CGCUGUCCUCCAUUGCACAAACCUGUCACUGCCACUGGCUGCUUCCUUGCUUCUGCGGACGUGCAUUUCCCUAUUUCCUCGCUCCUGACUCGACCUUACUUCACCCAUACGACCUUCGACAAUGCUGCACCCGCUCUCGUUCCUCGGUUGUGAGUGCGACCUGGUGACGGUUGCCUUGGUCGUGGUGCUCGUCGUCGUCCUCCUCCUCGCCUACAUGGGUGUCUUUCAGGCUGUGCGAUUUGUGCCUGCAAGCAUUCCCAAGUGCCAGAUUGCCGGCUUUACGCACAUUGGCCCGUACCAGAACAUUGGCUCCGUGUUUGAGAAGGUGGAGAAGAUCCAGAAGGAGCUCAAGCUUGAACACUCGUUCUUCUGUGGUCUGUACCAUGAUGACCCAAGCGUGACGGCCAAGGACAAGCUGCGCGCGUUUGCUGGCAUGGCCUUUGAGAAGCCCCUCGACGAGGAGACACUGACUACCCUGAAGGAGAAGGGCAUGCGUGUGCGCCAUGAAACCGACGAGAUUCCAUGCUACACCACAUACUUCCCGUUCCGCAACGUGCUCAGCUACAUGUUGGGUCCAAUGCUGGUGUACCCACGCAUCAACAAGAAGUCUUGCCCCGGCAUGGACUGCUCCUGUGAAGAGGAGGGCGGCAUUAUGGAGAUUUACCACGAUGACUUCAUCCAGUUCAUGAUUCCUCGCGUUGGCGGCAAGCUCUUCCCUCUCAAGGACCUGUGAUGGGCGCGAUGCCGAGACAGCGGUUGCCACGGGCUUGAUCACACCACACAAUUGCCCGCGCCGAUCAGAUGUGGUUGUUUGGUGCUGAUGUUGUUGUUGCUACUGCUGCUCUUGUCAGUCACAGCGUCACUUUCACCACAACCUGCUUCACGUUCCGUUCCGUGGUCCAUGCCGAACGUUUACUGUUGUUGUUACACAUCCCACAACCAUUGCUACUGCCUCCCCCCCCCCCUUCUCCGUGCACCACCAACACGUCAACCGAAUACAACAAGGCAGCCCAAACAGUAUGCACGCAAGUUGGCAAUUCCAGCACAUCAACAGUCAGCAACAGUCAACAAGACACGGCUAUGAACACUUUAAGCAUGAAACACGUGAAACACACAUUAGAAAUCAGAAUAAGA